AAAUAAAAGAAGAAAAGAAAUCUGUAGGGUGACUUGUUUGCAAGCAGCAAGCAGUAGUCAACCGUGGCAGUAUUGCUUCACUCAGCACGCAAUUUCUUUGUAUUGUGUGAUGCCAUUCAAUUUCUAACUAUCGCCUUUUCAACGUAGUUAUUUAAGCUAACAAUGGCAUCCAGCUCUGUAAGUCAGGAGGAUGUGGAAAAUGAUUUUGAACUAUCAUCCAGACGGUCUAGGAUUAGGACCGCUCGAGCGAGAACUGUUAAUCCCACCACGAGAGUUGGUGAAAUUGAUGACAGCCUCAGUGAGAUGAAAGUGUCGGAGUCUUUGAAUAUUGGGGGCCCCAAUUGUGGUGAACAUGACGCUAGCCCAAAGCCCCUAAGUAGAACCAAAGAAAAACGAGUGAAUAGAAAUGUUCCUGUGAGACAGCCUCUUGCUGAUCAUCUAAACAGGCCUAAUCAUCUUAACAAAGGAAAGCAACCACGGGACAGACGAAAACUCCGUGAAAAGCGCCGCAGCACUGGGGUUGUUCAUCUACCAUCAACUGAGUCUACUGGAGGCAGCACAGGAGAAGAUGAAGGUGAUGUUCUCUCAAUUACUGCUGAAACUCGCCGCAACACAAUUCAAAAUGAGCAUCUGACGCAUGAAUCAGUUCCUGAGGAAAGAGCAGUUUGCAAAACCUUUCCUCAGAGAAGGAGCAAAAGAUAUAACAAUCCCUUCACAGUGAGUUCUAAUGCCCAAUAUUUGUUGAUGCAUUCUGAAAUUCCACUGCUGUCUGUUUUCAACCCAUCAGAUUUAGAGGCAGAUGAUGAAGACAACCAGGAUCUGGAUAGUCUGAACCAGUCAGACUCCACUGUAAGCAGUGUCCCUCAAUGUCGAAGACCAGGUACUCCCACAGGAGAAAACCCAGAAGAGUUACUAGAGCGAGCCCAGGAAGAGAACCGCCGUCUUCUGAGCCUACUAGAAGAUCGCGACCACAAAAUCAAUGUUCUGGAGCAGCGUAUUACACAGCUCCAACGUGAUAUGGCAGCUGAACGAGAGAGGUUGCGGGAUGAAAAUGCUGCUCUUAUUCGGGCUAUGGCAUCUCUUGCAGCAAAUUGAUAUGUCUGUAAAUUUUCACACAGAUUAAAACCUUAGGUUAAAUUUGAGUUUGAACUGUUAAACUGUACUCUGAAAAUUACAGAGAUGGUACCCAUCUCAAGCUACUACACAAAAGCUUCAUUGUAAUGAGAGAUGCUCUGUGUAUGUUCUUCAUGCUCAUAUUUAUUACAAGACAUAUGUAGUACUGUAAAUAAUCUGGCUUCGCAGUGUAGGUUUUGUCCUAAAUGUGAAAGUGUCAUUAAUUUAAUCAUAACAUCCUUUGGAUCAGUCAAUCAUGUUAUGAAGUGCACAUUGAAUAAUUGUGUGGAUAAUUUUGGGGUUGUGCACAAGAUUUCAUUGAUCAAUUUAUAAGUGUUUCUUUUUGUUUUCUAUAAUUUUGUGGGCAUGGGGCUUCAAUAGUAAAUACUUGCUUUUUGUUUUAUUUUAGCAAGUAAUGAAAGCAUAACUUCUCUGCAAAGGAGAAACAAAGUUUUGUACAUAAUUGUAUGUAUCAACUUUGAGCUUCAGCAGCCAUUUCAUUAUGUUGUGUAUCUCAUUCAGAGUGGUAAAGAAAUCCAGCGUUGUCAUUUUAAAAAGAGCCCCCAAAACUAUCGUAUUGUUCUCCAACAUUAUAAAGAAGACUGGAAUAGUGAGGAAAUUCUCCAGCUUCUUUUUUCCUAACUAUAUAGGUAAAAUUAAAACUAUUAUUUAAGGACUAGGCUAAGACACGUUUUAAAAACAUUAAUGUGUCAGAUAGUUGCUAUUCUCGAAACUGCAUUUAUUAUAUUUUCUUGUCUAAACAAAAUUCUGGUUUCCUGUUUUUUUAUUAUGAGCCUGUGAAAAAUGUCUAGCUGUAAUUUUACACAUACAAGUUGUCUGUAUCAAUGAUCUAGCAGAACCCCUCAUUUUCUUUAUGGGUGUAUGUACUUUAACUUCAAACGGUGUUGGUGAGGUGCCUUUCAGUUUGCCGUUGGCUGUGAUUAGUUGGAUUAUAUUUGCUUUGUGAUUUUAUGUAUCUGCUCGUUGAUGAAAAAUUACGGCCAUCUUGCUCUAAUAUGUAUUUAGGUUGGUUGAUUUGCUUAUGUCCUUUACCUAGAAACUUUUUUCUAGGAUGGGAGCAUGUGUGGUGUGACCUUUGUACUGCUGCUUAUUACCCUUGACACAUGUUUGCAGUGAAAUAGAGAUAACUGCAGAAGUUUUGUAGAAAAGGCAGUCAUAUCUCCAGAAAAAGAGGUGAAACAGUUUUACUUGCAUACAUUUAUUUCAGUUGUAUUUACUUGUUAAUAAUCAUUUGUUAAAAACUAGACUUUGAGCAGUAUUUUGUCCUGGUUUUCACAGAUUCCAUUAUGUAUACUCUUAUUGUUAGUACUGUAUAUUGCAGUCUCUUUGUAGACAUUCUUUUUGAUCAUAUUUGACUAGCUAGCAAGCAUUCCUACCAAAUGACUCAUUGAAAUUAUGUAUAGAAGAAUUAAAGAGCCAUGCAAGAUUUUUAGUUGUGACAAUAUUAUAAAGCUAUUUAUAACACAAUUUGCUGAGAGGUGUGUUACUUGCAUAAGUUUAUCAAAACUCAUUAAAAUGAAUAAAAACAAGAUGAUGAACAGAGGCAAUAGGCAAUGAUUUGGCAGAAAGAAAAGAAUGCUGGAAAAUGUGCUCACUUAACAUUUUUUUGUGCGAUUCCACUGUUUAUUCUAUAAAUUGUAUGCUUCAAGCUGUGUCAUUAUUUAUUGAUUGUAUCACAUCACAAUUCUCACAUUAUUUAUAGUUUAAUAAAUCUCAAAUCAACAAAUA